CCGGUGAAUCGUCUAUUCAUCCACAAGAAUAUCUCAAAUACAUCAAUCAACAAUGGCGUUCCCUAAGGUUUUCUUCGACAUAACCAUCGGCGGGCAACCAGCGGGAAGGAUCGUGAUGGAGUUGUAUACCGAUAAGACUCCGAAGACGGCUGAGAACUUCAGAGCUCUGUGCACUGGAGAGAGGGGAGUGGGGCGUAAGGGAAAAGCCCUUCACUUCAAGGGAUCUGGCUUCCACAGAGUGAUCCCUAGUUUCAUGUGCCAGGGAGGCGAUUUCACCGCCGGAAACGGGACAGGAGGUGAGUCCAUCUACGGUGAUAAGUUCGAGGACGAGAACUUUGAGAGGAAGCACACCGGUCCUGGGAACCUUUCCAUGGCCAACGCCGGCGCCAACACCAACGGAUCUCAGUUCUUCAUCUGCACCGUGAAAACCGAUUGGCUGGACGGUAAGCAUGUGGUGUUCGGUCAGGUGGUGGAAGGGUUAGACGUGGUGAAGGCGAUCGAGAAGGUGGGAUCGUCGUCUGGAAAGCCGUCGAAGCAGGUGGUUAUCGCCGAUUGUGGACAGCUCUCUUAGACGAUGAUCUGAGCUCUCUCUCUCUCUCUCUCUCCUCAUUUUAAUUAUGGCAUCUCCCCUUAUGUUAUGUUUGGUGUCUCGUUUGUAUAAGUAGUCAAAAACUUGGUCUCUGUGUUCUCAUGGCAGUCUUUUUGGAUUGAGAGAGAGAGAAACUCGUCAGUCACCCUUUAUUACCUACAGUACUACCAUAAAUAAUGAGAGCUUUAACAAUAAUUAAAUUAGUAACAUCUCUUGCAA